AUGAGAAAGAAGCAAAAAAAAGCACAGAUUAAUAGUUGGAAAGAGUACUGUGAAAAACAGGAUAAAGAAGGAGUCUGGAAGGGGAUAUAUAAAAUUAUAAAUAAAACCACUGAGAGGCAUGAAGACCUACCGCUAAAUAAUCAAGGUAAAACUCUAUGUUCAAGGGAGUCGGCUGAGCUACUUGCAGAGAUUUUUUAUCCGCGCGAUAAAGAGGAAGACGAUGAUCAGGAACAUAAGAAAACAAGACAGCUCGCUGAAACAGUAAAUGAACAGGACCAUGAUGACAACCAUGAUCCUCCAUUUACUAUUACUGAACUCAACAUGGUGAUUGGUAGCUUUGACUGCAAAAAAGCACCUGGAUCAGAUGGCCUCACUCUCGAUAUUUGUUCACGAGCUAUCCUGCGGGAUCCGGGAGUGUUCCUAUCAAUGGCAAACAAAUGUCUAGAACUUGGAUACUUCCCGAAACUAUGGAAAGUCGCAACAGUAGUGGUUCUCAGGAAACCUGGUAAGGAUGACUACACGAGUCCAAAGUCCUAUAGACCAAUAGGUCUUCUGCCCGUGAUGGGAAAAAUCCUAGAAAGGUUGCUUGUGUCUAGAUUAAAAUGGCAUGUGAUACCCAAACUAAGCCACCGUCAAUACGGUUUUAUGCCACAAAAGAGCACAGAAGACUCCCUCUACGACCUUGUCGGCUAUAUACGAGACCAACUAAAUGGGAAAAAAUUGAUAACGAUAGUUUCCUUGGACAUAGAGGGCGCCUUUGACAGUGCCUGGUGGCCAAUGAUACGGGUUCAGCUGGCUAAACUAGGGGUCCCGAUUAACCUGAGAAAGAUAAUAGAUAGCUACCUAAAAGAACGAAAGGUUCAGUUAAAAUAUGCGGGAGAGGAGGUAAAUAGAAAUACGUCGAAAGGAUGCAUUCAGGGAUCCAUAGGUGGCCCUAUACUCUGGAACCUACUUUUGGAUCCAUUGCUGCAAGAAAUGGAAAAAAGGGGUACUAUUGUCAAGCCUUUGCAGACGACGUCAUCAUGGUGUUUGUCGGAGAAUCAGCAUUUGAAAUAG